CUCUGUGGGAAACCAGAGAGAGGCUGUUGGGUGACCAAAUGAUGCCAUCAAGACAUGCUCCUCCAUCUUUUCAUGGUGCUGGAGGGGAAGCAGCGGCUGUGGAACCAGAUCAAGGUCCAGUGUGCUUUGAAGAUGUUGCUGUUCAUUUCACAGAUGAGGAAUGGGUGUUGCUGGAUCCUGACCAGAGAGCUCUGCAUAAGGAAGUCAUGGAGGAGAAUCGUGAGGUCAUGGACUCUCUCAGUGCUGAUGAAUUGGAAAUUAAGAACAAGAGAGACCACUGCAAAAUCCACACAGUGGAGAAGCCAUAUAACUACAUGGUGUGUGGAGAAAGCUUCAGUCAGAGCUUCUAUUCCUCUUCCCAUCAAAAAAAUCCCAUUGAGAAUAAACUCCUGUCAGUGCUUGAAAUGUGA